UCUAUUACGUACAGCGAUGGCGCCGAUAAGGCGGUGCCUGAGCUGAAACUGAGCAUCGAGGAUCCCGAGAAUGGAGAUUAUGUGAAAUUAAGAGGAGGAUCUGAUGAAGAAGAGGAAGAAUCUCCGGCGGGAUGUUGGAUAGGGUCGGUGACGUCAGUGUGGUUCUGGGUUAAAUUGAUCUCCCUCGUCGCUUUUUUGGGUUUAUUGGCAUUCGUAAUUAUCAAAUGGAUUGCUCCUUUUUUAAUCGAAAAGGAAUUGAUUCCAUUUAUAAAGUGGGUGAGAAGCACAUUCAGCAUCCCGGUGCUCGGUCUUCUCCUCUUUGCCUCAGUUGCUUUGUUCCCAAGCAUUCUUCUUCCUUCCUCUCCUUCCAUGUGGAUGGCUGGUCUCACCUUUGGUUAUGGAAACGGGUUUCUGUUGAUUCUCUCAGCUGCAUCUAUCGGUGUUACUCUUCCUUUCUUAAUCGGACAUCUCUUCCUCCACAAGAUGCAAGAAUGGUUGAAGCAGUACCCGAAAAAAGCAGCCAUACUUCGAGCCGCAGGUGAAGGAACAUGGUUCCAUCAGUUUCAAGCAGUCACGUUGAUCCGUGUCUCUCCGUUUCCUUACAUGGUUUACAACUACUGCGCGUUGGCCAGUGGAGUUCACUACGGCCCUUACAUCUUAGGCUCUCUUGUUGGAAUGGUUCCUGAGAUCUUUGUCUCAAUCUACACGGGAAUAAUGCUUAGAACACUAGCUGUUGCAUCAGACAAGAGACACGGUCUUUCGGCCGUGGAGAUAGUAGUGAAUGUUCUUGGCUUUUGUGUAACUGCAAGCGCGACUAUAGUCUGCACAAUCUAUGCCAAGAAGAAGCUUAGUGCGAUGCAAUCAGAGGAAGUAGAGACAGCUAAAAAUCCAAUACUUUAUCAACUCCUUUCACCAGCCAAACGCUUAACCAUACUUACCACAACAUAUCACCAUCUAACACAAGCUUGGAACUGAUCAUAUAAUAUAAAGAGAAUGUUUUUGUUGUGUUUAUUUUCAUUUGAAAAUGAAUCUCCUCUUUUUUUUUUCUUGUACUGUGAAUAUAUCUAUUUAUAUAUAUAUAUAUAUAUAUAUCAGCUAAAUUUUGAAUUU